AUGGUGGGUCGGCAGGCUCUUGGUGCGAUGGCGGGCAACGCCAUGCACACCAGAGCCAUAGGCUUGGGGCAAGAGACAGCUGAGAAGCAAGCGCCAUCGGCCUUGGACUUUGUAGGCAUCUUCAACCAAGCAAUACAAGCAACCAUGAAAGAGAACCCCAGAGUCUCCCAACUGAUUGCAUUGAACACUUGCAUCGCCGACUACAACAAAGACGUGAAGAUCAAGAGGUGGAGGGUUGACACCCUCAAGAGAAAAAUCAUUGGCAACAUGUUGAAAGUUCCCGAGGAAACUAUCAGGAUUCUGGCAGAGCACUACGACUUGCAUCGUCACGGCUCAUCGGGUCCAGAUGCCUUACUCUGGUCGCUCCAAAGCAAUGCGCUUGAGGGGCUUGGUGAAGAGGAAUCUGAGGAUGACAGUGGCAGCGCCAGCAGCAGCAAGAGUGAUUUGCAACGUCGCGCAGGGCUUGUUCCGUCUUGGUUGACUCCCAUCAUUGAGCUUGCUUUGAAUUUGCAUGGGAAGGCCACCGACCACGCGCAGCUUUGGCAAAAAAAUACGUCAGUCCAACUCUUUAUGCAGCAAAAGAUGUACUAUUCCAUUUCGGAAUCAAUGCCCACUGGGCGCCUUGCUUUGAGAUAA